AUAAUAGCAAACCUAGAUGGGUUCUACCGGAGGAUUGGGCAAAAUUACUCGUGCAUUGGAAAUAUGAUCCAAGAUUUAAGCAGAUGAGUGAGAUCGGUAAAAAGGCAAGAUCAUCUACUAAGGGUGGUUCUCUACACACAAGUGGGGCUCAAAGUCAAGGAAGUGUGAGGAGGAAAUUGGAAAAGGAACUAGGAAGAACGAUAACUCAAGCUGAGGCAUUUAAGGCAACACACAUUAGAAAGAAGAAAAAUCCAGAAGAUCCAGACGUGUGGGUUGAACCGCGAGCUGAAGUGACCUAUAAUCGAUAUCUUCAAGCUUUGGAGGAUUUACAACAAACUCUGCCGGAAGAAAAUCGAGGUAUGCCACUUACUCAAGAACAGGAUGAGAGAGUUUGGUUAGACUUGACUUGUGGGCCGAGUAGAUAUGGGUAUGCAUAUGGAAUGCCGCAUAAAACCUUUCGUGAAUUUUCUUCUGAGUUUGAAGGCCUAAAUAGUUCAAAUCAUGAUGAAUCAAUGAAGAAAAAUUUGGCUAUGGAGAAAAAGAUUGUUGAGCUAUCUAGCCAAGCCGAAGAAUCACGGGCUAGGGAAAGGCGGUUGGAAUUACAGUUUGCGGGUCUUAAGGCUCAAUUCGAUGCAUUACUUGCUUCAGGAGGGAUUCCCCCUUGUUCUGGUGAUGUCACUUUCCCUCCUCGACCUCCUCAAUCUCAACCUACUCAAUAUCCAAUGUAUGGUCAACAAAGAAAUAUGACACAUGAGACUAGUAGUGAUGAAGAAAGUGAUGAAGAAAGUGAUGAUUAUGUGGCAAACACACUACCACAUUAGUGAAGUUUAGACUUGUGAUAGUUAACUUAUGGAUCAUUUUGUUAACUUUAUAAUUUUGUGAUGGGAAUUAUUUGUUUUGUGAAUACAUGAUAACGUUGGAAUGUAUUAUAUAACUUAUGGAUAUCAUGGUUUUUGUUUAAUAUAUAAUUAUGUUGAAGUGA